UAGUUCUCUCUCUCCCUACUAGUGUGUGUAAGCGCUGCAUUAGGAAGAUGGACCACCACUGUCCCUGGGUUAACAACUGUGUGGGAGAGAACAACCAGAAGUUCUUUGUGCUCUUCACAAUGUACAUCGCACUCAUCUCCCUCCACUCUCUGGUGAUGGUGGUCUUCCACUUCCUGUACUGCUUCGAAGAUGAUUGGACAAAGUGCAGUUCCUUCUCACCUCCUGCGACCGUCAUCCUCCUCAUCCUCCUGUGCUUUGAGGCCCUCCUCUUCCUCAUCUUCACCUCUGUGAUGUUCGGGACUCAGGUCCAUUCCAUCUGUACAGACGAGACGGGCAUCGAACGUCUGAAGGGGGAGCAGGCCAGGUGGGAGAAGACUUCCUGCUGGGAGGCGAUGAAGUCAGCGUUUGGAGGGCCCUUCUCCCCAUCCUGGCUCAGUCCCUUCUCCGACCUCCGCUGUAAGAGGGAUCCCAAUGACCACGUGGCGCUGCCACAGGGGGAGAUCGUCGAGGAGGACGUCAUAGAGAUACCGCUGGUCUAGUGUCAUGAGACUCCCGUAGAACUAGAAUGAAUAGAAUGGCCAUCCCGUAGAACUAGAAUGAACAGAAUGGCCGUCCCGUAGAACUAGAAUGAACAGAAUGGCCGUCCCGUAGAACUAGAAUGAACAGAAUGGCCGUCCCGUAGAACUAGAAUGAACAGAAUGGCCGUCCCGUAGAACUAGAAUGAACAGAAUGGCCGUCCCGUAGAACUAGAAUGAACAGAAUGGCCGUCCUGUAGAACUAGAAUGAACAGAAUGGCCGUCCCGUAGAAUGAAUAGAAUGGCCGUCCCGUAGAACUAGAAUGAACAGAAUGGCCGUCCCGUAGAACUAGAAUGAACAGAAUGGGCGUCCCGUAGAACUAGAACAAACAGAAUGGCCGUCCUGUAGAACUAGAAUGAACAGAAUGGCCGUCCCGUAGAACUAGAACGAAUAGAAUGGCCGUCCCGUAGAACUAGAAUGGGUGUAGAACCUCGCACCCUGGCAGGUUUUGACUGGUGAACUCCUGGGUACACUUGCUAUGGAAGCCUGGUGUUGUGAUCCAAUAUGGCGUCGUUGACUUCAUAAUUAGGAAGGUGAUUUACAUUUGUCCUAUUUCAGACCUGUACCAGUGUGUAUUAUACACGUGUGAAUUGUAUUUAUUUAUUUUUUUCUGCAUAUCUCAACUCUCCCUGAGACACCCUCGGGGGGGGAUCUGGACUAGGCUUUUAUAGAGAUGCCAGUUCUAUUCAUUCUAUUUCUAUACAGACUCCACUGGUCGAGUGCGGUGUCCUUCCCACAGUGCUACUGCUGCUUGGACCAAAGCCUUAAAGAGACCCUACACCAAAUGUCCUUUUUAAAGAAAUGAGCCACAAAAUGUCCAGGUCGAUACCCCUGGGGAUGUGAACGAGGUACAAGUCCCAACGAAGACGAGAGUUGGAUUGUACCCAAACGGGCUCUUUCAGUACUCCAGAGUAUCUCCUGCAUACACAGCUCUACAUGGUUCAGUACUCCAGAGCAUCUCCUGCAUACACAGCUCUACAUGGUUCAGUACUCCAGAGCAUCUCCUGCAUACACAGCUCUACAUGGUUCAGUACUCCAGAGCAUCUCCUGCAUACACAGCUCUACAUGGUUCAGUACUCCAGAGCAUCUCCUGCAUACACAGCUCUACAUGGUUCAGUAUGGGAAGACCUCUAGAUAAUGACUUGUGGACUAUGCAGAAUCUAGACUGUCCGUUGCCUUUUAAUCUUACUUCACUGAGUGCCUUUAUAAAAUGUCAAGUUGAGAAUUUACAAUUACUGGCCUUGUUCUGCAUGGUAUGCAAAUGAGGUGGUAACAGUUACUGGCCUUGUUCUGCAUGGUAUGCAAAUGAGGUGGUAACAGUUACUGGCCUUGUUCUGCAUGGUAUGCAAAUGAGGUGGUAACAGUUACUGGCCUUGUUCUGCAUGGUAUGCAAAUGAGGUGGUAACAGUUACUGGCCUUGUUCUGCAUGGUAUGCAAAUGAGGUGGUAACAGUUACUGGCCUUGUUCUGCAUGGUAUGCAAAUGAGGUGGUAACAGUUACUGGCCUUGUUCUGCAUGGUAUGCAAAUGAGGUGGUAACAGUUACUGGCCUUGUUCUGCAUGGUAUGCAAAUGAGGUGGUAACAGUUACUGGCCUUGUUCUGCAUGGUAUGCAAAUGAGGUGGAAGCAGUUUUUUAACUUUUUCUAUCUGUAUUAUCAUGUCAGAGAAAUUACAUGACCUUUAUACGUGUGUUAAUUAAAGGGCCUUUUCUAAA